CGUGGAACGAACUCACUCCCCAAGCCCAAAAGGUUGAUCCUGAAGCCAGCUGGAGCUGCUGGUAAACGUACCGGAUACCAAUUGCAGCAGGCGAUGGGCCUGGGAAACGACAAGCGGCAGUAUAAUGCACUGAUGGCUUCUACGAGACAACUCUGUAGACAGUAUUUGAACCUUCAAAUGACACGCCAUGGACAAGAUGACAGCGAUGUUGCUCUUGUAGUAACAAAGGUGCAGAAAAAACACGAGUUUUUGCGCAAGUUUGCAAACGCGUGGCCAGUUCGCGCCUGGAUCCAACAGUUUCUCCGCAACCAU